AUGCUCCUCCAGCCGCGGCUGUUCAAGCUACUACUGCUGCCCGACCAACACUUCGACUCGACCGAGCCCAAGUGCGCCGGCUUCUCCUUCUUCAAGCAGCCUGAUCCCGCGGUCCACGAGCGACGCCGACUCCACCAGCCCGGGAACAUGUUGCUGGUCCACCAGGCCGGCAGCGUCAAAGUCGGUGAAGUCGUGCGAUACACCUUGACCUACACCCCGAGCAACGAUCGCAUCCUCCCGACGCCCUCGCAUUUGCAUCUGAAAGUCAAGAAUACAUGCGCCAUCCCGUUGCGCGCGGCCUGGGUCCAUGGUCCUUACACCUUACACGUCGCGGCUUACCCGGCGACGUUCAACCCACACCAUAAAGUCGAGAACCCGAAACGAGAUGGAGUGCCGGAGUAUGAGCCUAUGGUCAAGGCUGGUGGGAGUUGGUCUGCGAAGUUGCUGGUUCCUGAAGAGAUAAGAGAGACUGGGGCGCAUUUGGGGCGGAGAAGGAGCACACAGAGUUCGCAGAAUCAAGAGUCUGAUAAGGGCAGUGUGACCUGGAUUGUAGAGAUUGCAUCACAGAUUCUGUUCUCAAACUCUGCUUCUGUGGAAUUUGAAAUGUUCAUUGGAAGAGACGAGAGGAGUUUGGACUUUGGGUUUGCGGCUGUUGCGGGUCAGGGUCAUGGGGGCCCAGGCAAGAUCAAAGAAGUGCAGUCGGAACGAGAGCGCAAGGAGGCACGUAGACGGGGCCACGUACAGCAUGAAGGCGUAUACUCGAAGGCUGUGAGGUUGGUCGUGGAGGAUACUGAGGCGCUGUGGGACAAGCCGCCGUUGCCAUCGUGGGAUGACGAGGAUGAUAAGAAGAGUAGGAAGUCAAUAAAUGUCGAACGGAAAGAGGAGGAGACGAAGCCUAAGAAGGAGCGCAAAAGGAGAAAGGUUCAUUUGGUCGUGGUCACGCAUGGCUUGCAUAGCAAUAUCGGCGCAGACAUGUUAUUCUUGAAGGAGAGCAUUGAUGCUACUGUCGCCCAGGCGAGAGAAGAUGCCAAGAAACGCAAAGAGGCCUAUAAAGAGUCGCAGAAGAGUGAAACGACAGAGACCGAGACUGGAUCGGAUGAACCUUCGAAGCAACUAAACGAGGAAUUGACAGGCAGCCAAGAAAACACCGCCACCGCGACCGCCCCCUUAUCUGGUGGACAGGAAGAGCGUGACAACGAUGCGCCGCCAGAAGAAGACGACGACGAAGAAGAGACCAUCGUUCGAGGCUUCCCAGGCAAUGCAGUCAAGACUGAGAAUGGCAUUCAAUACCUGGGCAAAAGGCUUGCUAAGUACAUCCUGCGCUUCACAUAUCCGGAUCAGCCAUUCUUGCCCAUCAAGAAAAACUUUACGCGCAAAUUCACCGACACUUUUGCGAGUGCCGACAACAAAGCCAAACGAGAUGGCGUACCUUCUCACGAGGGGAGCAGCGUACACACGCCAAAUCAUGCCAAGAAAGCAGAGGAUCUUCCCUACAAGUUCACCAGCAUAUCGUUUGUUGGACACAGCUUGGGGGGGCUCAUCCAAACUUACGCUAUUGCUUACAUCCAUAAGCACAGCCCGACUUUCUUUCAACAAAUCAAGCCGGUGAACUUCAUCUGCAUGGCUUCCCCAAUGCUUGGUCUGAGUAACGAGAACCCCAUGUAUGUCAAGUUCGCGCUUGACUUCGGACUGGUCGGUCGGACUGGUCAAGAUCUCGGUCUUACUUGGCGGCCACCCACCAUAGCCAGCAAAGGAUGGAAUGCUAUGAUGGGCAGCUUUGGAAAUGGGAACCAGAAGGACGACCCAAACAAGAAGCAGGAGGAUCCUACUGCCAAGCCUCUUCUGCGUAUCUUGCCAACAGGUCCAGCUCAUCACGUCCUAAAGAUGUUCCGCAAUCGAACGGUCUACUCCAAUGUGGUCAAUGACGGUAUCGUGCCUCUCCGUACGAGCUGUCUCCUGUUCUUGGAUUGGCGAGGACUGGGCAAGGUGGAAAAAGCACGGCGUGAGAACGGCCUGAUCGGUACAGUCGCUGAAUGGGGCUGGGCUGAGUUGAUAGGAGCCAACGCCUCUCAACUUCCUCCGAAUGUCCGCGCAGAGCGAACGGGGGACUCAGAAGACGAGCAGAACGAACACGUCCGUCAAGGCGAAGGCGAUGCUGUGCCUCAGCCUGCGGAAGAUGAAACCGCCGAGGACAACAAGCGACAGACGAACCGCAUCAGCUACGAAGAAGAGAGUUCGGAUCCACAAUCCCGCCAAAGUAGUCCUCAGGCUUCGGUCAGCAAGCAGGUCACGCCAGAGCAGAACGCGGGCAUGUUCAGCGGCUUUCUCAACUUCUUCCGUCCAAACACCCCUGACAAGGUCAAGGCGCCGCCACCAACGUCUAAAAAGACGACCAAGGCUUUGCGUCGUGCCCAGACCGUCUACCAUGGAAACGAUGAGAGCAGCGACAACGUUACGGAUGAUCACGACGGGGAGACGUACCAUAACCCAACAAUGCGACCACACAUGCCUCACUUCCACACUGGUCAAGUUCAGAAGCGACCAGCGGCGACACGAGGCGACAGCCUGACACAUUCGGCCAAUGGUGAACUUCAGGCGCCUCCCAAGACGUCUAUCUUCGAGUCCGCUGGUGAUAUUCUGCAUCCUCCAUUGCCUAGCCGGCAGUGGAUUACAGAUCCAAGCACGCGGUCUCGAACCAUCUUCCACGAUCGUGUCUACCACCCAGAAGACAUUCCACCUCCUCCAGCAAAGCGUAGUGGCACCAAGCUGAUGUCCUUUGGUUCUGACGGGAGCUUGAAAUCGAGUCAAAGAUCCAACACUUCAGAUGUCUCCAUCAAGAGCAACGACACAGCCUCAUCAACAGAGUCUGGUGGCAUGAAAGUCGAAGAGAAAAUCGCCCGCGCCUACCACCGCGACCUAAGCUGGCGCAAAGUCCUCGUCCGCCUCGAACCCGACGCCCACAACAACAUGGUCGUCCGCCGCAUGUUCGCCAACGCCUACGGCUGGCCCGUGGUCAAACAUCUCUGCGACACGCACUUCGCCGACACGCACGCCGCGCGAACCCGCGACGAAGACGAGCCCGCCCGCGAACGCGCCAAACCCAUGGAUGCGCCCAUCGACCCCAGCACGGGCGAACAAGUCAACAGCCAAACUUCCAAACAAAUCCCACCCCGCACGCAGAGCGAAACGCGCGAAGCCCGCGAUGAACUGAAAGCCCUCGACGUCUCUAGGCACGGCGCCGAGGGCUCCUACAGCUCGCGCAAGAGCGUGCUGAGUCGGCAAGAAAGCGCCGUGUGGGACGACUCAUAUUUCGAAGGCUCCGACGGGGAAGACAGCGACGCGGUCGACGAGCGGAACCUCGUGGCGCGACUCAUAAACCCCAACCCUGCACCGCCCAAGAAACCCGAGAACGCCUACCACCGUCCGGAAUCCUCGCAUACCACCCCUCCCGCGUCGCCAUCGACCGCGUCGUUCACAGACGGACACCGCGGUCUCGCGCCUACGUCUCCGCGUUCCCCGCGAAGUGUGAGGGAAGUCAAAGCGGCGACGCCGAGCAAAGCGAGUCAGAAAUCGACGUUUGAUGCAGAGGAUGUGGAGACGAAUGCGGUCGUGUCCGAGGCUUUGGUCGAGGAGCCGGAGCCGCUGGUUAAGACGCCGCAGAGUCCGGGGAGUACGGUGGCGGAGAUGGGGUUGCGGAAGAGUGUGGAGGAGCAGGUUGGUCCGUUGAAGAAGGGGAAGAGGGUGGCGGGUACAGGGAAGGGUGGGGGGAUGGGGACGGAGAUGGAUUAG